AUGGCCACAGAGAACAGGGCUUUGAUCUAUCAAAAGGUCCCCACGGAGUUUCCCAUCCCUGGAGAGCACUUGACUAUCGAGAAGGUGCCAUUCGACGAGCAUGUCCCCGAUGGCGGUGUUACGGUUCAAUCGCUCUACACGAGUUUCGAUCCAUACAUGCGUGGAGGCAUGCGUCCCAAUACUGUCAAAUCCUACCGUCCCCCUUACGAAACCGGCAAACCUCUCCCUAGUCUUUCAAUCCUCAAAGUUCUAAAGUCAAACAAUGAUAAGUUUAAGCCUGGCGACGUCGUGUUGGGAUUCAUGCCCAUUCAAGAGUACGUUACUCUUUCCGCGGAAGCGGCUCAAGGACUCCGACCACUAGAGAACCCGUUGGGAUUGAGCGAUCUCCGUUACUUCCUCGGUGCGCUAGGCAUGCCCGGCCUCACGGCAUAUUCCUCCCUGAUGGAGAUUGGAAAGCCGAAGAAGGGAGAGACCAUCUUCAUCUCAUCUGCUGCGGGAGCUGUGGGCCAAGUAGUCGGUCAAAUCGCAAAACACGAAGGUCUCAAGCGACUCGCACCAGAAGGAUUGGAUAUCUACUAUGAGAAUGUUGGCGGUGAACAUCUCGAGGCGGCUAUCGAUGCCAUGAACGAUUUUGGUCGUAUCGUCGCUUGCGGAAUGAUCUCGCAAUAUAACCUUAAACCCGAAGACCGAUACCCAGUUAAGAACAUCUUCCUGACUGUUUCUAAACGACUCACCAUUCGCGGUUUUAUUGUAUCUGACCCCGGCAUGGGAGAUAAAUGGGCCAACGAACACCGAGAGCGCGUGUCCCAAUGGAUCAAAGAAGGGUCUUUCAGGCCAAUGACCUACGAAACUGCCGGUAUUGAGAAUGCUCCGAAGGGCCUGGCCGGGUUCUAUUUAAGCAUGGCUUCGAUCAUUCGCCCGUCAGCCCCAGCGCUGAGACAGACCUGCAUCACAUUCUCGAGUUCCGCAAGAAGGGCGGCAUUCUAUUCCACAAAGUCCCCGUUUGCGGCUAUAGCGACGGUGAAGCCGGUGCAAUUACAGAAGAAGAAUGGCUCGAUGAAAAUCGCCCAGUUCCAUGCUACUAGCAAGAGAGAUAUUCUGCCUCCGGAGCCGCAGGUCGUCAAAGGAACCGUCAAUGAUGCCGCUCCCAUUCCCCCUACAUCUCCAACACACGGCAGUUACCACUGGGAUUUUGAACGACUGGUCGCUAUCUCCCUUAUUCCUUUGACCAUUACUCCAUUUGCUGCUGGAUCGCUCAACCCGGUUACUGAUGCUAUUCUCUGCGGUGCCUUGGUCCUCCAUUCUCAUAUUGGCUUCCAGGCCUUGAUCGUCGAUUACCUCCCGGCUCGCCGUGUGCCAAAGACAAGAGCUUUGUGUGUUUGGGCCCUUCGCCUCGCCACAUUGACUGUGGCUGUUGGCCUCUACGAAUUCGAGACAAACGACGUCGGUAUCACCGAAGCUAUCAAGAGAAUCUGGAAGGCAUGA